AUGUCUGAUUUACCCAAACCAGCAGUUUCUGCUGAACUUAAGGCAUGGCUAUACAAUGCCAUUGCCGACUCCAUACCCAAGGCUCUAGCGGCUUUCCGUGAGCAGACAGUCCCAGCCCCUACGGCGACCAUUACCCAACUGUCAGACUCCGAGGAUUCUCAUGGUUUGGACCGCAACGAAGCCCCUCGCAAACACCCUUGGAAGAGUGAUAGCGCUACUGCCGGUAAAGGCAAAGCGCCUGACAAAAACCCUAGAGUUCCUAUUCUAAAUCCAGGGAAGCUGUCUCCCAACAUGAUUUUGACCCACUUGAGGGUUCAACCUCUAAUUAUCAUCUUCGGGUGGUAG